UUUUUCAAUUCUCUGCACAACUUUCUCUGCAUAUAGUUUCUCUGCACAUAUUGCGUGCAUUGCAUAUAGACAGCUUUCGCUUUGAUUACUCUCUUUACACCCCCUCUCUCCUUAUCUAACAACCACCCACCGCCAAAAUGAGCACUCAAACCUGCACGCACGUCACGCCAGAAUGCCCAGUCACAGCCACGACAUACGGCUACUACCCGAACCUAGGCGGCAACAUCUUCUUCACUGUCUUCUUCGGCAUCUUCGGCGCCUUCCAACUCGGUUUCGGUAUUCACUUCCGCUCCUGGACGAUGAUGACCGCCAUGGUGGUGGGCGCAUUCAUGGAACUCGCCGGCUACGUGGGCCGCAUCCUCAUGAACCACAACCCCUGGUCGCAAAGCGCCUUCAAACUGCAAAUCGUCUGCCUCGUGCUCGCCCCCACCUUCAUCGCCGCCGGCAUCUACCUGACCCUUAAACACGUCAUCCUUUCGCUCGGCCCGCAGUACUCCCGCCUCAAACCCGAGCGCUUCACCUGGAUCUUCAUCAGCUGCGAUAUCGGGUCGUUGAUCCUGCAGGCUGCGGGCGGAGGCGUCGCCGCGGCAGCUGGAAGUGAGAACCAGAGUCUCCUUAAGGCGGGCGACGAUAUCAUGGUGGCCGGUAUUGCGUUCCAGGUCGGCACGAUGACGGUUUGCGGGCUGUUGGCGCUGGAUUUCUUUAUCCGCGUUGCGAGGAAGGGGCCUGGCUUAGGCGGGGAGAAGAUCGUCGAUGGGAGUGACAAUCUGCAGGGCGCGAAGAAUAUUCGGUGGGUUAUCAUUGCGGGGAUCGUCGCCUAUUUCACCGUGUUGAUUAGGUGUAUUUAUCGUAUUCCCGAAAUGGCCGGUGGAUGGGGAAACCCGCUCAUGCAGAAGGAGGAUGAAUUCCUCGUUUUGGACGGAACGAUGAUGGCCCUCGCCGUGAGCAGUCUGACGGUCUUCUACCCGGGCUUCUUCCUCCCGUCGAUACGCACGGGACUGAAGAACAAGGCUUGAGAGCGCAUCUCUAUAAUAAACCCAAUCCCUACCAAAUAGAUACCCAACCAGAGUCAACACAGCGCGCGCUCAUUCAGUAUAUACGCAUGCAUAUGCUACAUGAAUAUAAACCAUAUCACAUCGGAUCCAAGGAAGCAACCGGGAUGACACAUUAAGAGAGGAAUCCCUGCGAGCGAAUCACGAGAUAGAUGUAUUUAAUUCAACGAG